AUGGCGAGGGGGGAUGAAGAUGGGGUGAUCGGCAGCGGCGAAGGGGUGGAGCCUAGCGGUCAGGAGGUCACGGCUGGUGCCAUGGUGGUGGCAGCUGGGGGGAAUGGAGGUGACGCAGGGGCUGAGCCCAGCGACGGGGACGCCACGGCUGGUGCCACGGUGGUGGCGGCUGCUGGUGACCAGGGGGUCGCCGGAGGGAGUUCAGUGGUGGUUGCUGCCGGUGAGGGUGCAGAGGUGGCGGCAAUAAGGGGCUCCGGUAGCGGGGACAGAGGUUCGGGCAGUGGAGGCGGGGGUUCGGGUAGGCCUCUCACUCCUACCGUGGAGGAGUUGUUUGCGGCUGCCGAGCGGGCGAGCGACGGGGGGAUAGCCGACCGCGGUGGUGAGGAGGUAGUUGGUGGACAGUUCAGCGAGACGCCGGUGCUGAGGACGGCGACGGUGUUAGAGCCGAGGAAUGGGGACAGCGGGAUCGGGGCCUCACGCCCUGUUCCCUUCGUGGAUGGGGACUUCCUGGAGGACGCGGAGCCUCGGGAUAUCUUGGACACGUUUGGUCUCGACCCUGGGGUUGCGGCGGUGCUAAGGGACGCUAGUACGCCUGAGGACCGGGCUUCGGCGUUGCUUUUAGGGGCUUUGCUGAGCGGAGCGGGCUCGGGCACUCCAGAGGUGGUUGUACCGGAGGUGGAGGAGUUGGGAGGGGAUAGGGUGGAUGCCGAGGCGGCGGUUGAGGUACGGGUUACCGCGGUAGACGAGGCGAAAGCCUACUUGGAGGAGCGGCGAGCCUACCUGGCGGGGGAGCGGCCCGAGUUCACUCUGGCUACGUAUGCUCCUUGA